AUGGUGCUCUACACUGCCCCAAUCUUUGCCCUCGCCGCAUCUUUGUCACUUGUGGCUGCCGCACCCACCGACGAGUUCACCCCUUUCAAUGACAUUAGACCUUUUAACAGCAACCCUCUCCAGGCUCGACAGAGCGGCGAGUGCUACCCGGGAGAUUCCCCUUGCCCGGAUGGCAACGGCUGCGCGCCCUCUGGUUCCACUUGCUGCACUGGCACCGACUACUACUGCCCUGUUGGCACCAAGUGCACAGCCACCAGCUGCUGUUCCGGUCUCUGCAUCGGCGGAGGAGGCGACGCUGCAACUGGAACUGGUAGCGGCGGGAACGCUUACACCGGUGUGGCCUACACUUCCGCUGCCAACUACUACACCUCCCUCGACGCCUCCUCGGCGGCCUUUGGCCCUCUCACCACUGGCGGCGGCGUGGGUUUCACGAUUGGUAAUUCUCAUACCACUGCAGUCGUGGGGGCCUCAACUGCUGUUGUCAACGGAGUCGGUUCCUCGGCAAACGCUGCAGUGCCGACAUUCGGAGUCGCUUCAGCCUCCGUGGCCAAUGCUGGUGUUUCGGUCAUCGGAAAUGGGGCUGGGACCACGAACACCCCUGCUGCUGCUGGCGGAAUCCCUCUGAAGGCCUCUGGAGCAUCCAUCGUGACCAUCCACGUUCUUGGUCUCGUUACCGCGGUCAUCGUCGCCACAUUCGUCUAA